AGCUCGGGAUGCGUUUGCGUGUUAUUACCAUAUGAAACUGUCCACUGUGAGAUAAUUUCACACGUUUAUUUUAUCUCGCUUCUUUCCCCUGAUCCACAUGCGUAUUUUUUUUUUAGAAGAUAUUUCUAAGUGUUAGCCAUAUAACGUCCCUAUUCGGACUUGGUGGCUAACCUGUUACAGAGUUGUGAACGCAGCUGUGUUUUUAGCUGAUGUUUUGGUCUUCUCUGCUCUUUAUGCCUUAUCUAAAAAUGAUACAUGCAAAACCGGGUGUAAUAAUGUGGGUACAUUAAUGCCAAACCCCGGUGAAUGAAGGCAUUACAGUCAUGGAAUAGGGACUGACAUUAUAUUGACUUGAAGUUACGUGUCCGAAACCACAACACAGUAGAGACACCGGAGCUCUUUAAAUCAGCGGGAAUUUUAGCAACCAUGGACCAGAAAAUUCCCUACGACGAUUACCAGCUGCCAGUGGUAUUCCUGCCUUCUUAUGAGAACCCGCCUGCAUGGAUACCUCCACAGGAGCGGGUUCAUCAUCCUGACUAUAACAAUGAGCUCACACAGUUUCUGCCUCGCACCAUUGUGUUGAAGAAGCCUCCAGGAGCGCAGCUGGGCUUCAAUAUCCGUGGUGGGAAAGCUUCACAGUUAGGAAUCUUUAUAUCCAAGGUGGUCCCAGAUUCAGACGCCCACAGAGCAGGGCUGCAGGAGGGAGACCAGGUUCUUUCAGUGAAUGAUGUUGAUUUCCAAGACAUAGAGCACUCAAGAAUCAUGGAUAAUGUUUGUCUUCUUCAGGCUGUAGAGAUUCUGAAAACUGCGCGAGAAAUCCUGAUGAGGGUUCGCUUCUUUCCCUACAACUACCAAAGGCAGAAGGAGAGGACCGUACACUAGAUGGCAGCAGAGAGAGAGACAAAGACAGAGGGAUACUUAACUGCACUUCGCUACAAUCCUCCCACACACUCUGGCCUCCAUUCUGUCUCAGCUUCAAGAUGACUAAUGUAUGACUAACAAUCUCAUUCAGUCUUUCAUGUAAGGAAAAUAUACAUGACGUUAAAGACUGAGUUUCAUAGAUACUCCUUUCUGCAUGCUUCACAUGAUGAACUCUACUUCGAUUGAAUAUAUGGUUAGGAAGUUUUAAAGUUUCUAUGCAGAACUUUUUUUAAGACUAUAAAUUAGAUUUUAAACUAUAAAUUAUAUAGAACAGAUAAAUAAUAGAUAUUUUCUGGUCAAGCAAAGGAUUUAAAGAUGACCUUUCCCACAUUUCCUCGAGCCCUGUUAUGAUAUUUCUGCAGAUGUUUGCAUAUGUGUGGACGAAACACCAUCACUUGAUAUGAGUUAUGGUCACCAGACCUCUGUUGAAUUUAUGAAUAUAUUGCACAAUGCUGUUUUUUCAUAUUUAGUAAAUAUUUGUAAUUGUGUAUGAAAUGCUAAGGGAUGUAAAUAUACAUUUCAGUCACUGCUACUGAGGGGUUUGGUACUUUUAUGUUCCAGGCACGAGUUUUACAUACACUGCGCGUGAGCUGAUUUAAUGCUGUUGCAUAAACUGUGUGUCUGAGGUGCCAAAUGGUUUACGAGCAUGGCUUGUAACGUGCUAUUAAAGUGCAUAACAUUUAUCGGAGCGUAGUGGUAAAGCUUGUAAUGGGGUGUUAUCUGUGCGGUGGAGGCACCAAGGUUUGCAGGUUUAAUUCAAACCAAAGACAGUCUGGUGCUUUCAUAAUUUUGGCCUGCCUGGUUCAAGAUGUGUGUAGUCAGUAGAAUCUGCAGAUCCAACUUCUGGCUGCAAAUUAAAUCUGCAUACAUUGGAACAUUCAUAGAAAACAGUGGAAUACCUCUGGAUAUUAGUGCAUUAUGCUUUUAUACAAUAAACUAUGUUAAUAGCUA